CUAGAUGGCUCUCUCUCACUACCUGGAGGCUCUCUCUCACUACCAGGAACAGGAGGCACUGGCUCCCUCGAUGGCUCUCUCUCACCACCAGGAGGCUCUCUCGCACUACCAGGAACAGGAGGCACUGGCUUACUAGAUGGCUCUGUUUCACGACCAGGAUUGACCACAGCAGCCCCACUCACCGUCUCGCGGCCCUCCAUCUCAGUACCAGGGUUAGUUGUAACAAGAGCCCCUGGUGCUUCUACUGCCCCACCAGCAGUGGUAUCAACCAUAGCCACUCCUGCUGCCUCCACUGCUGCUCCAGUGACUUCUACUGCUGCUCCAGUGACUUCAUCCACCACCACGACAGCAACAACUGCUGAUCCAUAUCAUGUAUCACUUGCACCUUGGGCCAUUGCCCUGAUUGUUCUGGGCUGCUUAAUUGCAGGCAUGUUGCUUGUUGGAGCUAUUUUUUUAAUCUGCUACUGUCUGAAGAAAAGCAGCCCACGACAGAUCACCAACAUGGGAACUUAUGUUCCGAAGUGCUAAAUUUUAAGAAGGCACACAAUGGAAAUAGUGUAACCAGGACAAGACAUAUUGACCAGGACCUCUUCAGAUGCUGCUGCUUCCCAUCCACAGCUGCUGCUGCUGCAGUUGCUGCUGCUAUUUAAACGAACAUCCAUUCAGGGUAUCCUAAAUUCUAUACAUAGUAGGGCUUAUGAAAGACUGUGAAUUUGCUUGCAAACAGGGCAUGAUGAUCCUUGCUGGACAUCUGAUAUUUAGAGGCAUACUGCCUCUGAAUAUGAACGAUCUGUUCUUAGCUCUUGUAGAUAUUGACUGAUAGAAUUUUCUGCCAUAAAUUUGUCUAAUCCUUUCUUAUUACCCCCUAACGUACUAUUG